GGUCAUCCAAAUGGUAAAAACCCGCUAGCACUCCGGUUGUCGCUCAAUGGAGAGUCUCAAAUCUCUUCUUUCGGAUGACCUAAAGCUGAUGAUCGCUGAAGGCACUACCGAUGUCCUCGACUUGACUUGCUCUUCACUGCUCGAAUUCUGCCAGCAUCUCCCCCAGUUUCAGAGUGUUAUUGGAGAACUAACUGGCGGAUUGGCUCUUUGUCGGAAGAGUAAGGAGUUUGCUUUGGAUUGGAAGGGGAAGGGAAAUGAAUGCUUCUCAGAGGGAGACUAUGCUAAAGCUUUGAGCUUUUACUCGAAGGCAUUACAAUGUGCACCAAUGGGCAUGGAUGAUAUGGAUGAUAAGUUAGUUGGAACUCUCUUUGUUAAUCGUGCAUGUGCACUACACAAAAUUGGUCUUUUUGAAGAAUGCAUACGAGAUUGUGGUCGUGCGAUUACAAUUUACCCGAUUUAUGCAAAGGAGAGGGAAGGCAAAUGCUUCACUCCAACGAUAAUGGAAGAUAUUCAAUCACUAUUUCGUCAUCAUAGUAAUUGUACAAGCAAGUCCGAUUAUCUAAAGAGAAAUGAGAAAUUGCAUGAUGUUUCAGCUGAUAUUAAGCUGCAUUGCAUUACAACACCAGAUAAAGGCAGAGGAAUGGUUUCAUCAAAUGACAUCCCCCCAGCUUCAUUAAUUCACACAGAAGAACCUUUUGCUGCGAUUAUUUCAAAGACUUGCCGGGAAUCAUCACAUGGCCAUUGUGGCUGCAAUGAAGGUCCUGCUGAUUCUUUGUUCUGCAGUUCAUGCACAAUACCACUUUACUGCUCUGAGCAUUGCCUAGAACAAGCUGUUGGCUUUAAGUUUGUCAGGAGCAAACAUUUUUCAACUUUGCAGAAUAAUCUAUCAGAAGAACUUUGGAAUCAUGUUAGAGAAAGCAUCUCAAUGUCUCCCAGUGCAAGUGAAAAUGUUGCUCACCUGCCUGAACACUUACAUGAAUGUGGAGGCUCACACUGGUCUGCUGUUUUACCAACUGAUGUAGUUUUGGCUGGUAGAAUAAUGAUGAAGUCCGUUGAGAGGAGAAAAGUUGGUGGAGGGUUGUCCAAUAAUAAUUUUACAUUGGAUUUCUCUCACCAUUAUAACAAAAUUCCUCCUGAUUACAAGUUGGAGAUGCAUCUGUAUGCCCUUGUGCUGGCUUAUUGUCUUCGCCAAUACUUACCAUCUGUUGAGACUUUUAUCUCCAAGUUUGUUUUGCUGAUAUCUCAAAUUAAGGUGAAUGCUAUGGCGGUUGUGCAUAUGAAAUCGUUUGACGAGCCUGAUUUGUUCAAGAAACCAACAAACCAUUCUGUAAUUGGAAACGCCUUCACUUGUACAGUUGAGCAGGUUCGAGUUGGACAAGCCAUUUAUUCCAUGGGAAGCUUAUUUAAUCACUCAUGCAAGCCAAAUGUCCAUGCAUAUUUUCUUUCACGCACGCUUCACCUACGCUGCACUGAUCAUGUUCCAGCACACUAUCCGCUUGAGCUCUCUUACGGCCCACAGAUUGGCGAAUUGGGUCAUCAGGAAAGACAACAUAUGCUUGAAGCUCAGUACUUCUUCAAAUGCUGUUGCAUUGUCUGUUCAGAGCUUAAUUUCCCUGACCUUGUAAUCAAUUCUUUUCGGUGCACUAAGCCCAACUGCCUUGGUGCAGUUGUGGGCAUGGCUUAUGAAAAACUUGAGGAUGACUCUUUGCUUGUUUCUACUGCAUCUUAUCGUUGCAAGCUUUCUUUGUCAUUGUUUCAAGAAUGCAAAAUAAACAUUCAUGACGUGGCUUAUUUUCUGCUUGAGGGAGACACAUUGCAAAAGACCGGUCCUGGGAAUUGCUUAACUUGCUGCUCUGCUCUUGAUUUGCCAUCAUCAAUCUCAGCAUCAAAUAGUUCUCUUACAGAUAUUGAAAGAUUAAAAGACAUGAUAGUUUCAUUUCUACCUAAAGAUAACUUAAUCUCUGAUAUCCUGACAUCUCUUGGUGAUCUAAGAUCAGUCAGGCAUGCAUACAGCAAAGUUGUUGCUCAGGCUGAAGAUAAUGUUGCAGAAACCUUUGCUAUGAUUGGUCAGUUUGAGCAUGCAAAAAAGCACUGCCAAGCAUCCAUUGAGAUACUUGAGAAGCUUUACCACACAAAACACAUCACUGUUGCUCAUGAGAGGAUGAAACUCGCAUCAAUUCAUUUAUCUUUAGGCAAUAAGGCUGAUGCUUUAUGUAAUAUAAUGAGAGUAGAGGGAAUAUUUUCACUUUACUAUGGGUCUCAUGUGCCCAAAAUAUUUCCAUAUUUUGAAGAUUUUAAGAAUGAGGUGGAGAAGAUUGGACUUGUUGCUGUCAGAUGAAUAAGAGCUAAGUUGAAUUAACAAAGGUGCCAAAAAUUAAUGCAUCAGGACAUCAGGUGUCCAAUGAAAAUUGGUUGUGUUACGAUGGGUCCCACACUUUUAAAAAACUAUCAAUCAAUGUAUUUCAAUGUGGUUCACAUUUUGAUGUGGUCAAUUUUAAUUGGACACCUGAUACAAUAAUUUUUCGGGGCUAAGAGGAUGUCUUAUAACCCAGAAUUGGGCAUAUCAAGCAGUAUGUGUCGCAGAGGACCUGUUAUGCGUGCAAAGAUCAUGUUGUUGUAUGAUUUCCCAAUGACGGUGUUUAUUAAAUUGACGUUGGGAACGGCUUUUUUUCUAUGUUAUGUGCUAGUAGAAACUUUGUUAGUGUACAUAUUUUUCUCUGUA